AUGGCUAAGUCAAAGAACCACACCGCCCACAACCAGACCAGAAAGGCCCACAGAAACGGUAUCAAGAAGCCAAAGACCCACAGAUACCCUUCUUUGAAGGGUGUGGACUCUAAAUUCAGAAGAAACCACAGAUACGCUUUGCACGGAACUGCUAAGGCCUUGGCUGCUCAGAAGAAGAACUAGGCAAUGAUAUAGUUAAUAAGAAGUGGAUUG